GGGGGCGUGGCGUGACCCGUGACCCCGACGUGGAGACCGCGCCAUUGUUCGCGCGGGCGCCCCGAGAGAAGAAGCGCGGCGCUCGCGAUGUCCGCCCCCGCGUCGCUUCGGCAGCCCUGACGCCUUUGUCAUGUUGGAGCUAUGGGAAGCUGCAGCAGCUGUGCUGAGAGGGAUGAACCAGACAACCACCCCACUAAGUUUAAGGUGAAGAACGUCGAUGACGACGGCAAUGAAUUAGAGUCGGGCAUCAUGGAGAUCACGGACCAGGAGAUAAUUUUGCACACGCGCAAGCGGGACGCAGUGCGGUGGCCGUACACCUGCCUGCGCCGCUACGGCUACGACUCGAACCUCUUCUCCUUUGAGAGCGGCCGGCGGUGCCAGACGGGGCAAGGCAUCUUCGCGUUCAAGUGCGCGCGCGCCGAGGAGAUGUUCAACCUGCUCCAGGAGAACAUGCAGUGCAACCGGAUAAAUGUGCGCGAGGAGCCGACGCGAGACCGCCUGCACUCGCAUGCCGAGUCCGAGCUGCCGCGUACGCCGCGCACGCCCACCACUCCGGGCUACGGGCAGCAGUACCCGCGGCGGAUGUCGUACGAGGAGAGCUCGUCGCACCCGUCGAGUCGCCACCCGUCGGUGGGCAGCGCGCGCCUCCCCUCGGUGGGCGAGGAGUCGACACACCCCCUCAUCGUGCCCGACGAGCAGGUACACACGUACGUGAACACCUCCAACGUACACGAGGAGCUCGGCUCCAGGUCUGGUGGUGGUGCCACUGCCGUGAGCUCGGCCAGCGCCCCGCCAAACGGAGCGAGUGGAGGUUCGGCGGCCGCAGCCGCUGCCGCCGCUGCUUCCACUACAUCGUCAGCCGAGCCGGGGCCCGCCACGGGCCCCCGCGGUUCCAUGGAGGAGCGCAAUCCGCAGGUGCAGUUGGAGUCGCAGGGAGCCAAGUUCAUUUUGGGACCCACUCCGGCGCAGAAACGUGAGCUGGAGCGGCGCCGCAGGCGCGAGCACCAGGAUGGCGACGCUCAGCAGCAGCAUCUGUCAGCCGUGACGCUCGCCAACACCAAUGCUAACGCCGCCACCGUGCACGUGGAGGACGGAGGCGCUGUCGUCCCAGUGUCAUCCAGCAGCCGGAAGGAACCAGGCAUCGGUAACAGCCACGGCGCUAGCGGCAACAACAACCGGCUGGUGUACGAGAACGUCAAUGGCUUGCCGCCACAGACGCCCGGCGCGCCAUCCAGUAGGGCAGCAGUGGAGGGGCAGAACGGGAACCCCGUAGUGUCGGCGGCGGUGGUGCCGGUGGGCGGACGGACUCUGCAGAACUACGAGAACUGGCCAACGCUGCCCUCGGUGCGCGAGGAGCCGGCAGUAACAGCGGUGCGCACGCCGCUGCGGAACGGAUACCACCCCGGUGCCGCGGGGCUGGUGGACACCCAGGCACCGGUGGCCGGAAAGGGCCACUCCGAUUUGUUGCGCAAGCGGGAGGCAGCGCCCACAGUGUUCAGCUUCGAAUUCCGGCGCGGCAGCCUGCUGCAGCACCACCAUCAUCACCACCACCAUCACCAUGGCGCGGGCGGUGCCGGCAGUGGGGGCUUGGCGGCGCUCAACUACAUCCAGGUGGAGCUGGAUGAGGCGGGGAGCAGCGAGGGAGAGAACGGCGGGGGGGGCGGUGCGGCGCCACGCACUCCGCGCACGCCAGGCACGCCUCUCCCACAGACACCGACGCGGCGCACAGAAGUGUACGCCACCAUCGACCUCGAGAAGACGGCCGCCAUGUCGAGCCUGCAGCGUGCGCUGCCACGGGACGAUGGCACGGUCCGCAAGACGCGGCAUAACAGCACCGACCCGCCCAUGUAGGGUCGAGUCGACGGUGGUGGUGGCGGCGGGUGCUCCCUCAGCCCUUCUGCCGAUCGCUCAUGGCAGCGUCUGCACCAACGCACUCGCGCGCGUUCCAUGUCAAGCGCAUCACGCUUGCCGCGAGCUUUGUUUGCCAGGCGAGCCUGACAUCGCCGUCCCAUUUGCAGUGGAGGGUGGUGGAGGUGCCUCGUCUUGGUUGUUGUGGGUGUUUGUGGGGGUAGAGGCAGAGUGGGAGGAUAGGGGGGUGCAUCACAGUGUUAGUAGUGUUCAUACAUUCAUGAGCGCAAGCCUCGUCUCCUGGAGAGGCUGUGGCACAGAGGAGUGAACGCUGGUAACGCUGUGUCGCCGGACGAGGAACGGACAGUCGCAAGUGCAGACGAAGCGUGCCGAUUGUACUGGAGGCCCGAGGCCGAGCGUUGCCCCCGCACUUCUUCAACUCCGCCGGUGACCGUGCAGUUCACAGCAAAGGGGGACGUCCCACCGGCAGCGCUGGGUGGCCGGAUUCGCUCAGCCAAAGGGGCCGUCUUGUAAAUAGGUCAUACAUUUUGAAACGGUUAAUGAUGUGCCAACUGUCGGGUCAAUUUAAGUAAUGCAUUUCAGUUAGCUGUGAAGCAGUGCGAGGGAUGGGAGUGCCACGGAGGGAUGGGAAGGCAAAGAAGGUAGAGGGUAAGCGAUGGAAAGUGUGGGUGAGUGGUGAGACUUGUGAAGUGUUCGCGGAGGUGUGAAAGGACACGAUUGUCAUUUCUAAGGAAAAUUAAAUUGAACCAGUGCCAUUCCCCACUUUAUUUGAGCUGCAUAAAGCCUUGUCCUGAACGUAACGGUAUAUGAGGCCACAUGCCUGUUUUUACUAUAAUUGUUGUUACUGUGUGAAUAUAGUUUUUUAUCAUCCCAUUCCUGUUGACGGUGGAGAGGAGUCCAGCUGAAAGCUACCUUGCCUUCCCAGCAUGCAAAGCAGCGGAUUGCGCAGGCCUUGCUUGCUGGGGGGCAAGCGGGGCUGUGUUUACGGAAUUCUCACUCGCGGUACCUGUACGCGCUUUAACUGUGCGACUCAUUCCGUGCAAAUAAGCUUCCUUUACUUAAUUUUUUUUCAAUGACAAAAAAGUGCCCGUGUUAUGGUUUUAAAAAAACUGAAAAAAAUCGACAAAUUAUUUCCCAGAAACAGACCAAUUUAAAAUGUGAAUGUGUGCAUUCGUGCGUGUAUUUGUGGGUGUAGCCACAUGAUCAGCGCGUGUCUCAGAGCAUCAUUUUGUUUGCAAAACUUGACGGUGCGUCUCAUCUUUUCACGCUACCAAAAACAACACUACAGCGGUGUCCAUUCCUCGGCACCCUUGCACGCCGCUGCGGUUGUACGCAGACUUGUGUCCUGCGCUGGUGGCACACCGCGCGUCCUCCGUGUGGCUUUUUUUUCCAGUCUUGGUGUGUUUUUUUUUUACGUCGUCUUCGUACCGGUGUACGCUUGUCCCCUGCUUGUUUUCUCAGCUCCAUGCUUUCGGUUUAACAAGUGCCCAUGGUGCUUGGCGGUACGGUGCAUUUGCCUUGCGCGGUCAAAUGUUGGCAACGCUCGCGAACAGAGGGUGGUACGGUACUAGCGGUCCCAAAGUGUGUGAAGGUUUUAAAUCUUGUUUCAUAGACAUCAAAAGUAUUUAAAGAAAUAAAGAGAGAACAAUAAACUUACUCUAAGUUGACAGACCUCAAAGAGCGUUGGGUGAGCUUCCCUUAAAGCAUUUUGUGUUGAUAUAAUUCACGUUCUGUUAAUUAGUGUUCUCUAAGUCCAGACUGGUCAGCGUUUACUGUAUUGCCAUGACUUGCCAAACCGCUUUCGGCGUGCGCACAACCUUCAUCAGGUGGGGUGGGAAGCCCUUAUUGGGGGUGAGGGUGAAUCAAUUAAUUCCAUAUUUUUUUUUUCAAAGCUUAAAAAAGUACAUUCAUCUACUCGUGUAAAAAUGUAUUUUUUUCUUUUCACUUAGAGUUCAUAAUGACCCUUGCAGACACUACAUGCCGUUGCAUUUACGGCAGUGUUAAAAAGAGCAUUGUUUAUUGAAUCCUGGCAAAUAUAAAUCGACAAUACAUUGAAUCGCCAGGAGGUGACAUACCCCUAGCAAUAACUAUACAGUCAAUGCAGGUUAUUCCUUUGGAAGAGAAAUGUACUUUUAAAAGCAAUCCGCCCAAGCCAGGCUGCAGAACUAGCUGGUAGAUUUUUUUUUACGAAGUGACUUCAUGAGAAUUUGUGGUGGUGUUUUUCUUACACAAAGCUGGCUAUCAAAAUAGUUAACGAGGCUGUUUUGGGGUUGGCCAGUGUUGCUCCACGCGGACACCACAAAACAAAACUGCUGUUCCACUGACCCUGGCAUUGAUGUCUCCCACACCAUAAUCCCGCACAAUAGCAUCCAUAAAUAUGAACUUCUGAAGGUUCUUGCUUGGAAAUUGUUGGCGAUGCAGCGGGCCAAAUUUGCUGAAAUUUGAAACGGGUCUUGAAUGCCAAAUAAUUAUGAAAUAUCCCAGUUGUGUUGCGAUUGUGCUGUUGUAAUCACAUUGUCAUUGGAUGAAAACAUGUCCAUUCUUAGUUGUCGUGAAGUACUGCGCUACGCCUUACGAAGAACAUGUCCUGGAAGGGGACAUCACAGAUUUACUAAUGUCCCUUCAAAUAUCAUGAGUGGUGUCCUCUCACAUGCCCUGUUGAUUAAGUAUUCAUCUCAUGGCAAUCACACAAAAUAGUGUUUUAGUCCUCAUCCAGAAUGUCGAAUUAAGUGAAAGAUCUACUUAAGUUUUGGUGCGUGCGGUCAAUGGUGACUGAGUCGAGGCCAUCCACUCACGACGCUUGAAAGUCUGGUUUAAUCACAGGUGGCUGAAACCUGAAUUCUAACCCAGGUUAUCAAGCCCUGCCACCUUCCAUACGCCCCAGCUGACUUGUAAUCACCAGUGUUCAAAUCUCCCUUGGUGGCCCACUCACCUUAUUGGGGGCAAUAUUAAGCAUCGCACCUUUGUGCGACAGUGGUUAUGCUCGUUGAGAAUUUUGGUCUCAUGGGAAUGUGGAAUAUCACUGGCCCACAGCUUCUAAAGGACACGAGCAUCGCACACUGUUAGUUUCUGACUGUGGCACUGCAGGAUGGGUAACGGCUUACAGAGGCCUUCAUCCAGCCGUGGAUAGAUCAUGUGUCCCGUUGAUGCCAGUGUGAAAUCAAUCGUAUCAUGAAGCGAAGAAACCUCAUCAAGUCGCUCGUCCUGGGUGAUCACUGGAGAUUGCUCCGGAAGAUGACUCCACGGUUCUACCUAAAGUCACUUGGGCUGGGUUAGACGACGCGCCUUCACGCUCUGUGGACAACGUGUUGUCACAUGCCAAUCAUCGGAUAUAUUCAUAAGCUUUAACCCUCUGUUUAGCAUUUGUAUUUAAAAAACUUAGGUUUGUGUUUUUUCAUAAAGUCACUGAUGUUGUGCCUGAAAUCGUGAAACGUUGCUGUCGGUGGAUUCUGGCUCAGGACUUAAACAUUGCCAUAAUGAGCCACCCAACAAUCCUGACACUCAAUUCCUUCACGAUGGAUUGACGAAUCAUCGUGCAAGGACACUCCUGAAACUCGGUGAGUCUGGAUAAAUGUAUUACGUAAGUGGUGGACAGUAACAAUUAUGACGCUAAUCCUAGCCCCAGAAUCAGCCCAAGCCUCUAACUUUAACUUUACUUUCCCAUACUGUAGCCCGAACACUUAACGAUAAUCCUGACCCAUAAUCCUGAAAUUAGCCAUAAUCUUUUAUCAGCCUAUUGCUGGUCAGAUAAACAAACAGAAGUCAUUGUUUCUUAUCGUGGUCUCGUAGUGGUGUUGCAGUGUGGUACAAACUGUCCUGGAAUUACGAUGCCAUACAUCAUCCGUGACGAAUGUUGUCCCUGCCUACAUACCGUUGUUACGACUGUUUUUACGACAUUGGUGAUUGGUACGCGACUGGGCUUGGGUUUCAGGUUCGGGUUGAGUUGGGACCAGUGUUGAUCGGGUCAUUUGUGCCAAAUGAUAACGGGCAGGUAUUGUAUAAUAAUGGAGUGAAUUCUUCCAGGUGUUGCAGAUUAAAUGGGAAAUGCACGUGCGAGCUUUUUGUUGUUUGCUCAUCACAUUGUGCUCUCCUGUCAUUCCGCUGCAAACAUUCAGACUAAACGUGCCGAAUUGUACGGGAGAAGGUAUGGCGAUGUAAAAAACAUUAUGGUAACUUAAGAGCAUUACAGAUACGAAUGUAAAUGAGCGGUUCUGGUUUUACUUUCUUCACUACUAUUCGAGGUACUAUAGAGAGAGAGAGUAAAGGGCUCGCUGUCAAUACGGUGGUCAGCUCUGGUACGCCAAACACCUCAUCUGCUGCUGCUGUACACCUGGCCGGAGUGUUGUUGCGUGAUCGCAAUGGGUAACCUGCCUGUCAAUCAAGCUCGAUCAUGGAUCGCUGGAAUUAUGGAAGGCUGUUUGCGGUGCCAGUGUGUUCACUGCAAGUGCUUUUUGAUGGACUGAGUCUCGGAUUCCGAAAAAGGUGUGUGGUUGGGUAUGAAUUAAAAACUUGACCAAUGUCACUUCCUACGCGCUCGACGGCUCCACAUGGGAGCACACCUUUUAAUGCAUUCAUUCAUUCCUCCGCAGACAUUUUAAGUGCCUUCGCUGUGCUGUACGAUUAAAUCAUGUGCAUUAAUUGUGCGUCGGCUGCGCAAUCAGUGUUUCCCCCCACCCCCUCCCGCACACAACCGUAAUUAUUAAUUAUUGUUAAUUUUUUGUAAUGUCUCCAAGUAUGUAAUUAUUACCGUAAGCAUUAUAUUUCCGAUGAAAACUAAAGGAAAUGGAAACAACCAUCAAAGCGAAAAACUGUAGUCGCGUAUGUAGAUAAACCAGUUAUGUACACUACCAUGUACCAUACGAUGAAGUUAAAACGUAGUUGAAAUUGUUUAUUCAUUUCAAAGAUAUAAGUGAGAAGGCGCUGUGUCCCCCUGCCGUCUUGCCACAUUACAUGAAUAAACCUUGUAAUAGUCCUGUAACCAAAACCAAA